GCGCGCCUAGAAGCCGGGUGUCGGCCUGCUGUGCGGCGGCGGAAGCAGCUGGCAGCGGGGCCCUUUAAGGCUGGCGCAAAGGAGGGCGCGCGGCUGAAGGAGGAGGAGGAGGAGGAGAGGGAGAGGGAAAGGAGGGAGCCGUCCAGCCUGCAGUGGCCCCGCCGCCGUUGCCUUCGCCUCAACAGGAAGAAGAGCCGCAAGAGGAGCCUUUCCCGGCUCGUUGUGGGCGUGAGGAUGGCAGGAAGGCGGCCGCGGUGAGCCCUUCCUCAGGCUGAAAAAUGAUGGCUACCUUCAGUAAACUCAAUCUGGCUGUUAUCAUUAGCAGUUUUGCUAUAUUUCAGUUCGGCUUCCACUCACUAAGUGCUUGGAUUUCUUCACGUGUAACUUCUGGUUUUAACAAUCUUGACCAAAAGAAGAAAAUUGAAUGGAAUUCAAGGACAGUUUCUUCUUGCCAUGCCUUGUUGGUUGGAGCAUUUUGCAUGUAUAUUCUAUUAUAUGAUGAAGCUGUAAAUGCUGACCAUGUUUGGGGUGAUGCUUCUAUAGUGCAAAUAAACCUUUCUAUUACUUCAGGCUACCUCAUUUCAGAUCUGCUGCUUCUUAUUUUCUACUGGAAGGCAAUUGGGGAUAUAUUUUUUGUAAUUCACCAUAUCGUAGCUCUGUAUGCUUAUUACUUUGUACUGCGUUGGGGAUUGUUGGCAUAUUUUGCCAAUUUUCGUCUGCUUGCAGAAUUUUCUACCCCUUUUGUGAAUCAGCGAUGGUUUCUUGAAGUUCUGUGCUACCCCAAGGAUUCAAAAUUCAACAUCAUCAAUGGAGUACUAAUGACAAUUGCGUUCUUCCUGGCGAGAAUAAUAAUCAUGCCAAUUUAUUACGCCAAUGUUUACGCUGAGUUGGGAACAGAAGCUUUCUACCGAUUGGGAUUCGCGGCUCAGUGCGCCUGGUUUUCUUCCUGCAUUGUCUUGGAUGCCAUGAACUUAAUGUGGAUGGUCAAAAUUACAAAGGGUUGUUGCAAAGUUCUCCGUCUUAUUGGACAAAGAGCCAAAGCUCUUAAGAAUGGCAAAUCUGACUAGAAGACUUUAUAUCGAUAUCUACAUAUCUAUACUAGAGCACCUUUGGGUACAUUGAAAAAACAAUGGGAACUUUUGCCAUAAAAAAGCUCCUUUUAAGGACAUAAGGUAUUACCUCUUUUGAAUUUAGCCCACCCCUUAUCGCCGUGGCCUGGGCGCACAGGGCCACUGCAUUAGAAGACUCGCAUUAUGUGGAAUGGGAAACAACAACACGCUGCAUACACUGACCUUAGCAGUGUGGUCUAAGCACUUAGUAGACAAAUGAACCUGCAAAGGAACAAACUCUUCUAGCACACUGUUCCUAGGAAUUUUCACUCAGGUUUCUUAGACUGAUGUGUUUUUAAUGCCUGUGAAUGUCAGGAUCUUUGGUUUACGUUCUGCUAAUACAGCAGCUUUCCUGGCAUGUUCUUCUGCUUUCUUAAUGUUUGAUAUUCAUAACUGAAGCUUCAUCUUUUGUCAACUUUUUUACAUUUUUGCAAGUAAUUUGCUUUGAAUCUAUAAUAUUUUACUGCAUUUUCUGCUGCCUUAUAUGCAUGCACAUGAUCUUCGGGGAUUUACAUAAACAUAUACAUUUUACAUAAAUAUGUAGAAUUUUGAGGUUUCUUUUCAAAGGCCAAUUACUCAUACUAACUCUUGCUGUACAUAAAGAAUGACUGGAGUUGUUUUCAGCUCUCCCUCCCUAUAUCUGAAUUCUACUACAUGUUAGCAUGAUAAACAGUAUAGAAACGAGCAGUUUCUUGUAUCAGUGUUCCUUCCCUUUUCAUAAUUAUUGGGACCUUAUGUGUUUUAGUGCAUUGUCAUAUCACUAUGUGGUUUUUUUGUGGAGUGUACAUUGUUGAAGGAAAGAAGGCAUUAAUCUGUUUGGAAUAUGUAGAUUGUUAUAAGAACCACUGAAUCUAAGAAAUGUAUAACUUGUUAUUUAUUUUCAUUGCCAUCCUGCUCUCUUCUACAAAGCAAACUAAGAAAUAAGAAAUUGCCUCAUAAAAUGGCAAAACCCUUAAUAAAAUCAUAGAUGCAAUUUUUAAUUUUGUAUUAGAGCAAUUCUGCAAAACUGAUACAUUGAAACAACCAUUAGAAAGAAAUAUUGAAGUCAUCCAGCUCUUGACAGAUAUCUAUAGAAGCAUUAUUUCCUUUUCAAUGAGAGUGAUAUGUCUAAUGUUACUCUUACAGGAAAAGUACAAGAAGCUGUGUCGUUCUGUUGGCACAAGUAGAAUAAACAACAGCUUAGUUUGAUGUCAUAAUGUCUUGUAAGGGCAGAGCCAUUGGAUCUUACACUUGAAGAAGGAUAAAAAUGGGAUUUUACCAAAUGGCAGAGGUUUGCCCUUUACAGUUGUAUCCAGUGACACUAUUGGAUAUGAUUAAGUGAAAAGAAAAUAUUUGUAAGAAAAACCAGCAACUGAAAUCCUAUUUGUUUACACUGAUUUUACACAUUCUCUACUCUCAUGAUCUCCAGCUUAUUUUAUUUUUUACUCUAUUCUUGAAUGGUAUCUUGAAUCAAAUAUUCACCUAAUGUGCCAUUUGUCUUAAUGUUUUAAAUAACGUGGGUCAUAACUUGCUGCUAAUGUGUUAAUUUUCACAUUUCUAUAGAAAUAAGCAAGAACAUUGUAGAGAACAGACUGAAUUCCUGUGUUUUGUCCAGAAAUAAUUUCAUGUUCCUAUAGUGUGAUUUCUUCUUACUAUUCCUUUUCUAAGACCUAUGUGCAUGCCCAUGGUUUCUAGAUGAUAUAGGUUUAAAGAAGGAAUUACUGUGAAGGGCACAUUUUCCUUUUUCUCGCAGUAUUUAUAUUUCUUUAUAGCUUGUUAAACAGUGUCACAUUUGCCAGAUUAGAGCGACUGCUACCUGUUCAAUGGAAUUACAUAGAUUGUCAUGAAAAUUCAUUUUCCUUUUCAUUGGUGGUCUUGUAUCUUAUGUGUUACUGUAGUAGCAUUUGUUGUGUUCAGAGAUGCAUUUUCAUCACUUGGCGACAGAAGCAUAUUAUGUAUUGACUUAAACACCACAAAUAAGGUGUUUCGUAUGACACUGUUUGUGUACUACAUACACUUAGCUAUGAGUCUUUAAAUGGUGAGCGAUCAAGUGAUAUAUGUGCAUGUGUGAACUAAACAAUUCUUCUAUUUUGUUUUGUGUAAUUAUAAGCCCCCCCCCCCCCCCGCCAGGCCUUUGUGUGUGUCAGAAAGCCUAAAAAUGCAAAAUCUAAAUAAACACUUGCAAUUUGUUUAGAUGGAAAUGGGGAAAUGGUUAACAAUCAACAAUUUUGUAGGCUAGGCUUGGGUGCUUGUUAUUCCCCUUUGAUUUGUUCAUUUUGAUUGCAAAGUGCCUGACGCAUUUGUUAUCCAUGAAUUAGCUACUUUUUGUUCCAUCUCUGAGACAGAACUAAAUAGUUGUUAAUGAUCUUAACUAAGUUAAAAUAGUGACCUAAUGUUAAAGCUGCUAGAGUAAGACCCUUGUAUCUGCAGAGGAUACAUUCCAAGAUGAAUUGCAGCUACUGGAAACUGUGGAUAUUUCGGAACACCAGUAAAAUAAUUUGGAACACCACGUCACUACAAAUGAAGUGCUCAUGUUCCUGCUAGAGUUUUUAUCUCUCACAGAAAAUAUCCAGGUUACAAAGUGAAGUCUUGUUCUGUUUCAUAGGAAAGUAGCAGAACCUACUAGGACAAUAAGGACCCAUAGCUAAGCAUUUGACAACUGGGUGACCUGGCCACUGUUCAGACUUGUUUGGUGGGUUGCUCACUUCUAAGUGUUUUUUUUUUAAAUCUUGCUUGGGGGGAAGUUACCAUUCAAAAUCUUUCAGUAGUUUUUUUUUCCCAACAAUAACUUUAAAAGCAAACUAUUUUAUGUUCAUUUUAGUUAGGAUAUUUUGUUUCUUCAGCAGUGACAAGUUCUCUGGUUUCUGAAGAGGUUUCUUAGAAGACUCCUCCUAGGUUUCUGCUCUCAGACUUUUCAAACUUAAAAAUAAUAUGAGUGACUUGGAUUUUGUCCACAAAAGUAAUUUCGAUUCUGUAUAAUACUUAGAUCGAUUUCAGCAUGUUAAGUCUCCCUUCUUUGAAGUUAUUGCGAUUCAUGAGUAUUAAAUCAACAUCAGGUAAUAUUAAAUGUUCACAUUUGUGCUCUUGUAUUUUUUUCUACCCCUUAAAAAGGCAGUCCUAUACUUACCUAUGACUAAAAACUAUUCAAUGAGGUUUAUACCUGAGUAGGUAUGCAUAGGAUUACGCUUAAUAUAUUUAGUUUGUCCUUCUGUUUAUAUAUUAAGAGUUUAAAAUACCUUUAUUUUGGAAGGUUACAGAAUGUAUUAUUACAGGUUUUAAUCAGAAAAUGCAAGAUACAUAAGCUUGUAGCCUGCUUGACUUUAUUUAUUCAUUUAUUUAAUUUGUAAAUAAAAGCAUUUCUUUAUUUCAGUUUAAGAUCUUUUUUAUAUAACUGCUAAUUCACAAAAAAGUUGAGUUCCUGAAACACUGACCAUUUUUAAGUAUUUAUCUAUGUAGUUUCUUCAAUAAUGCUGUCGUCUUAUUCUAGUUUUUAAAUAUGUAUCUUAAACGUAAUGAAUGUCACAAUGUGCAUUCAGCAAUUGAUUUGAUAAUUGUCAGGGAUGGUUAACUGUGAUAAUAGGUCUGUAUGUAGCUGUUAACAUUUCAUGUUGCUAUAAUCCACAUUUUUGUUUAUUUGUGCCAUGACUAGGAACUCUGUGGAUAUGGAACUCAUACUGUAUUUGGAGAAAUGACUGCAAGAUAAAGAUGUAUGGUCCCAGAAAAAUAAUUGCCAUGAUCCUAAAAAUAAUGCAACUAAUUGUGUGCUUUUAAGAGGGCUGUGUUUAAAUGUGUACUUUCCUAAUAUUGAUUACCAUGCUAUGGGUGAUAGAUUUUUUGCAGUGUAAUAGUAUAAAGAGAUUUCACAUCCCUUCAAUGCAUACUGCACUCCAAAUUAUCAUCUUCCCCUGUUUAGUCCCCCUCCCCAACCCAAAUAUAGCUAUGUGCUUCUCUUUUAGUGUUAUGGGGCCUCUGGUGAUGCAAUGGGUUAAACACUUGUGCCGGCAGGACUGCUGACUGAAAAGUCUGAGGUUUGAAUCCGAGGAGUGGGAUGAGCUCCCGUCUGCCAGCUCCUGCUUCUCAUGCGGUAACAUGAGAGAAGCCUUGCACAGGCUGGUAAAAUAUCUGGCCGUCCUCUGGGCAAUGUCCUUGUAGACAGCCAAUCCUCUCACACCAGAAGCGACUUCCAGUUUCUCAAGUUGCUCCUGACAUGGAAAAAAAACUUUUAGUGUUAAUUUAUAGUUUAGCCCUUAGAAGCCUUCCAUGCCACUGGGUAACUACUACCUUUCAAGCUAAGUUUCAAAAUAGACAUGUGAUGGCUGCACUUUCUGUGUGAAGGGGGAAGUGGAGAGUAAAAUCGAACCUCAGUUAUUUACUGAUACAAAAAUCCUUUGAAACGUUGUAAAAAUUGACCUCAGUGCUUAAAGAGGUUUGUCCUCCUUAAACCGUUUAGAACUGCAGAAUAAAACAACAAAAUAUAUCCUUGACUGAUAGUGGAAGGUGCUGUCUUGAAGCACCCCUUGUUUUCAUAAAACCAUUACAGUUGCAAGGCAGACAUCAGACCUCUGGUGCAGAACUAUACUGCUCCUAGUAAUUUAGCAACAGUAUCCAAACAAAGCCUAGGAUUGCAGUGGGAUCAUUUGAUGUCCUUGACACAGACACUUGUGAAAUACAAAAGCCGAGAAUAUCUGACAUGUAAUGGGAGUUUUUGUGUUCAAGCAUUUGAUGUUAUGUUUCUUUGUUAGGCCUAUCUAGGACCCACUGUGGGUCAAAUUAGACACAAUGCACAUUCCAUUAUUGGAAUUUCUAACAUCUUUUCCUUAACAAGAGAUACAUGGACUCUGAACUGGAAUAAAAGAAAAGUACCUACAUUCUUUCUCUGUGCUUUCCGUCAUGCCUAUAAUAGGUACUAUUUUCCCAAGAUGGAAAACAUAUAGAUUUUACUUUUGGAUUUAUCAGGUCCGGUGGUCUUCAUCAUAUAAAUGGGCCUGAUGUAGAUUUGACCAAGUUUUGGGGAGGUCUUAAAAUCCCCUCUGCCUACGAUGCUUACUGUGGAUUGUGACAGCUGCUGUUCAAAACCAAGCUCUUGGAUCAAUUGCCUUUUAUAAAAGAAAAAUAUGCUGGAGAUCAGAUUAUGGAACUCUGGCAUCAGGUAUAAUUUGGCCCUGAUUCUAAAUAAAAUAAGGCAGAUUUUGUGACAAAGGGAGUGGAGAGUUUUCUUUAAAAACAACUACUACUCAUACCUAAAUUUGGUAUUGAAUGUGUUCAUAGAUGUGAUCCAAACAUAUCUUAUUCCUUUCAAAUGCAUGUUUAAUAAGAUAACAUGUAUGCCAGGCAGCACAUAUUCCACCUCAUCUACCUUUGCAUUUAAAAGAUUUUCUUUCAGUUCACAAAAUUAAAAUGAGUACAAUGGGAUGCUCUGCUGACUUGUGAAAUCCACCUUGAAAAGUGGUACAACAGAAUCCAUGAUAAGAGGACUGACUAAAUCUAAGCACAAAGUUUGAUGAAGGUAAUGCAAAGAAUGAAGAUGUUGACUGUGAAUCUUAAUACACUGAAUCAAAAGACUGAAACAGCACUGAGUUGAUUCCCCCUGAUGAUAAUGGCACAAAAAGUGGGGUCAGUACAGUUGACUACAGUAGUUGAACCAUUUUCUAACCUUAGUAAGAACUUCCCAUCUGUUUGGUUAUUCUUUAAUAUUAUUUGUGACAAGAGUCAUCAAAAUGAGUUUACGCUUCACCAGUAUUUGAAAACUUUGCUCUUUGUAUACAUGUGUGUAGGCUGAUCUUGUCAGGUAUAUGCAAUAAUGUCUAAGCAAUAAGUUGCAUGUAUAUUCAAGGCAUUGGUAAUUAAGAAUAAAGAAAAAGUAAUGCAG